AUGGGUAUGAAACACCCCGAAGAACCUGUCGCUCUUCAAGCAAUCGAGUUUUGGAGUACAGUAUGUGAGGAGGAGAUAGAUUUAUCGCAAGCGGCUAUGGAAGCAACCGAAUAUGGAGAACAUGUUGUCUACAAUUCAAAGGGGUUUGCCAAAGCUGCUCUACCUGAUAUCCUUCCUGUUCUUCUCGAACUCCUGUGUCAACAAAACGAGGAUGAUGAUGAAGACGAUUGGACCAAGUCUAUGGCUGCUGGAUGUUGUUUAGAACUACUCGCCAACAACGUCGGAAACGCCAUUGUUCAACCUGUAGUCCCAUUCGUAGAAGCUGGUAUCACCCAAGCCGAUUGGCAACGUCGAGAAGCUGCUGUCAUGGCUUUCGGAUCAAUACUUGAUGGUCCUGAUGCCGACGUUCUCGCUCCUCUUGUCACUCAAGCUCUUGGCGCUCUUAUCGGAAUGAUGCAAUCAGACCCCAGUUUGCAAGUACGAGACACUGUAGCAUGGACUCUCAGCAAAAUCUGCGAGAACAUGCUCGAGAUCAUCGACCCCGCCGUUCACCUUCGAAACCUCAUUACUGCUUUAGUCAUCGGUCUCAACGCUUCACCUCGAACAUGUAACAGCUGUUGUCUCGCUCUCAACAGUCUUGUAUCUCAGCUGUCAUUCAGCGCUGACAUGCUCGGGGAAGAUCUGGCAACCUCUGCUAUGUCAGAAUACUAUUCUGGCAUUUUGAAAGAGUUGAUGCCCAUUGCCGAACGACCUGCCAACCAUGCCAACAGUCGAAGUGCAGCUUACCAAACUAUCUCAGUCUUCCUCGGUGCAUCUGCCAACGACACUCUUCCAGUAGUACAAGAAGUUGCGGUCGCGAUGCUCGCAAGGCAAGAAGCACUUUUGGGAAUGCAAAAUCAAUUGGUCGGAAUGGAUGAUCGAAAUAACUGGAACGACAUGCAAAUCAACGUUUGUGUAGUCAUCCAAAGCUUUAUUCGACGAUCGCCUUCGAUGGCAGCUCCUUUUGCCGACCGAAUCAUGACCAACCUCCUUGGUUUGAUCUCAGCUUCUGGUAAACAUGCUGGUGUAUUAGAAGAUGCUUUUGCGACUGUUGGUGCUUUAGCAGGUGCUCUCGAAGCUGGAUUCAACAAGUAUAUGGAAGCUUUCACCCCUUUCCUCUUCACUGCUCUCGGGUCAUUUGAAGAUUGGCAAGUCGCUCAAGCUGCCGUUUAUGUCGGAAGUGAUGUUGCUCGAGCUAUCAACGAAGGUUUGACGCCGUACGCCGAGAGAUUGAUGGUUUCCCUUAUCGAUCUCCUCCGAAGUCCUAUGGUUCAAAGACAGGUCAAACCAAAUGCCAUCACUACCAUUGGUGAAGUAGCCUUAGCAAUUGGAGGUGGAUUCAGACCAUAUCUUGAUACUACCAUGACCAUCCUCAGUCAAGCUGGUUCAACAUCUGCUGCUCCUGGUGACGAGGCCAUGAUAGAUUUCGUACAAAGUAUGCGAGAAUCAAUCGUGGACGCUUUCAUCGGUAUCAUGAAUGGUAUCAAAGACACCGACGCUGGGGCUAUGCAACCUUAUGUGUCAGGUAUCAUGGGCUUCCUAAAGACAUGCUGGGCAGACGAGGACCGAACUGAUUCGUUCAGUAUCGCUUCGCUUGGUCUCAUUGGUGACUUCGGAGAAGCAUACAAGAGUACAGUCCGAGAUGACCUCUUACAAGAUUGGGUUCAACAGGCUGUAUCCUGGGGCAGAACAAGAUCAGGUAAUAAGCAAGCUAAGACCAACGCUGCUUACGCCCAACAAGCAAUCAAAAACGCUUCAAAAUAA